CAGAUUUUGAUUCUUCGGAUGGAGGUUGGGCUGUCUUUUGGGAGUGGAUUCUAAGCAAAGGCUUGCUUUCAGAUUAUUUUUCAAAGGACAAUAAAAAAUAACCCUCAUUUCUUGUUCAUCCAACAGCUCGACGACGACGACAACAAAAAAGUAAUGGAUUAAACCACCAACUGAAUUGAAUUGAAUUGUGUUGUGUUGGAGUUGAUGAUGGAUAGGAGGAGUUGGCUAUGGAGAAGAAAGUCUUCGGAGAAGAGUCCAGGUGAAACUGAUAGCACUUCAGCUGGUUCCAUUUCAUCUCAUUCUGAACGAUUCUCGGACGAGCAUGCUAAUGCCACCAUUGGUCCUCAAUCAGUGGAAGUCGCAUCAAAAUCCAUAGCUGUCGAUGAAGAAAAUAAUAAUGUGAGAUCUUUAACAGAGAAAUUAUCUGCUGCUCUUAUGAACAUCAACGCCAAAGAAGACUUGGUAAAGCAGCAUGCUAAAGUUGCAGAAGAAGCUGUUUCAGGUUGGGAGAAAGCUGAAAAAGAUGUGUUAGCUUUGAAGCAACAGCUUGAUGCUGCCAUGAAGCAAAAUGCGGCACUUGAAGAUCGAGUUGGUCAUCUUGAUGGGGCACUCAAGGAAUGUGUCAGACAACUUAGGCAAGCAAGGGAAGAGCAAGAGCGGAAGAUCCAUGAGGCUGUUGCCAAGAAAUGUCACGAAUUGGAAUCUUCUAAGUCUGAGCUUGAGAGUCAGAUGCUGGACCUCAAGGCUCAACUUGAAUCCGCAAAAACAGACACUGCUGCCUCAGUUGAUCCUGAUCUUCAUCUGAAGCUCGAGGCAUUUGAGAAAGAAAAUUCAUCCCUUAAACUUCAGUUUCAUUCUCGAGCUGAGGAGCUAAAACUUAGGAUUAUUGAGAGGGACCUGAGCACCAAAGCUGCUGAAACUGCAAGCAAACAACAUUUGGAGAGCAUAAAGAAGUUGGCUAAGGUUGAAACCGAGUGCCGCAGGCUAAAAGCCAUUGCUCGUAAAGCAUCCCCUGCUAAUGAUCAGAAAUCUUACACUGCCUCCUCGAUUUAUGUUGAAUCUUUUACAGAUAGUCAAUCAGACAGUGGUGAGAGGCAACUUGCUGUUGAAACUGAUAUGCAAAAGAUGAAUGGGUUAGAUAUGAAUGAAGGCGGGAAAAGCCUCUCAGAUGCAUGGGCAUCUGCACUCAUUACAGAACUCGAUCAAUUUAGGAAGGAGAAGGCUGUUGGAAGAAAUAUCAUGGCCCCUUCAGUAGAAAUCAAUCUCAUGGAUGAUUUUCUUGAAAUGGAAAGGCUCGCAGCUUUGCCUGAUACAGAAAGUGGGAGUGGUUUUAAUGAGUCUGGUCCGUUAUCUGAUCAAACCACUACAGUUGUAAACACAUUAAAGGCUGAAUUGGAAACCUUAACACACAGGGUUGCUCAACUAGAGGAGAAACUAGCGCUGUCUGAAGAAGAAAAGUUGGAAUUGCAGAUGGCUUUAACCGAAUCUCAAAAACAGCUUAAAACAUUGCAGAAUCAACUAAGCGAAGCCGAGACAAGGUUCAAAGAUGUGCAAACUCAACUAGCUCUUGAUGACAACUCAAAGAAAUCCGUAGAGGAGGAAGCAAAAGUUGCAAACAUGAAUAGAGAAGUGGCGGUAUCAAGACUUAGAGAUGCUGAAAUUGAAAUAAAGACUUUAAUUUCCAAAGUUACUUCGUUAGAAGAAGUGUUCAGAAAGGAACAAGCACUGUCAGCUGAACUAGGGGAGAAGCUAGCGCUGACCGAAGAAAAAAUGUCGGAAUUGCAGAUGGCUUUCACUGAAUCUCAAAAACAGCUUAAAACAUUGCAGAACCAACUAACUGAAGCCGAGACAAGGUUCAAAGAUGAGCAAACUCAAUUAACUCUUGCUGACAAAUCAAAGAAAGCCUUAGAGGAGGAAGUAAAAGUUGCAAACAUGAAUAGACAAGAGGCAGAAUCAAGACUUACAGAGGCAGAAACUGAAAUAAAGACUUUAAUUUCCAAAGUUACUUCGUUAGAAGAUUUGUUCAAAAAGGAAAAAGCAUUGUCCGCUGAAAACAUGAGUAAAUGCAAAGAAUUGGAGAAUGAACUUUCUAAAAUGAAAUGGGAAGCCAAACUCCAACACGAGUCCGAGUUCCAACAUGCGGCAAGAUAUAAUGAAGAGUUGAAGGUGCAGCAGGACAAGGAGCUAGCUAUUGCUGCCCGUAAAUUCGCAGAGUGCCAGAAGACGAUUGCGUCUCUCGGCCUGCAGUUGAAAUCUCUUGCCACACUGGAAGAUUUUCUGGUCGACUCUGAUAAGCCACCGCAGCUUGCGGAUGGAGGAUUAAAGUAUCCCAAAAACAAUGAGGCGCAACCGAAACCGAGUCCUACUGGUACAGUUCUUCCGAAAAGAGGCUCUUCAGGGUAUUCUAAAGUAGGUGAGUAUGCUAAAUAUUCAGAGAAUAGCAAUGCAAAGGAAUCAACAUUGCCAGCUAAACCAGUCAUUACUCGAACCAGUUUCGGUAACAUUUUCCCACGAAGCAGGAGCGGGAAACCGGCUUGAGUAUCCGUCAAUCGAAUUUGUUUCUAGAACCAAAUCGUUGGCUUAAUAUUUGUGAAUCAAUAGGUAUAUAUGAAAAUCACAUGAUUAUUGAAUGCUAAGGAUGAAAAGAAACAACCGAGAGAAAAUAUAGUACACAUAUAUAGCAUUUCUUUUUACCAUUUUCACUUCACUUGCAUUUCUGUUUAUCAUGUUUGACUGAGCUUUUGGGUCAGGUUACUGGAAAAUAAAAUAAA